CCUGUGCCAUGCGGAAGCGCUGAUGUCGGUGACUAUGGGAGCAGAGGAUGGGCGAGCUCGCGGGCCAACUGGUCGCAUGCAGCAGUAGCAGAAGCAGAAGCAGAAGUAGAACUGGAGCAGAAGUUAACAGGACGCCGAAGUUCUGUGAACCGAAGCAAACCUAUUGUUACUCUAAAAGUUUCAUUAAAGAAAGAUCGACAGAUCACAAAGAGCAGCUGACAAGCAGGAAGACGCUUUCCACUUUCUUUUGCAGCGCCGUGUUUUUCGCGGCGUUAUUCACAGCGGUUUCAGCAAACGAACCUCACGGUUUCCAAGAUGCGGUCCACAUCACGGCGAUCCUCGGCGAAAGCGUCGUGUUCAAUUGCCACGUCGAGUUCCCGGGCGACCAUCCAGUGCCCUACGUGCUGCAGUGGGAGAAGAAGGUAGGCGAAACGGGUCAGGAGAUACCGAUCUACAUCUGGUACGAGAGCUAUCCGACACACAGCGGAGAAGGUUAUGAGGGACGCGUGUCUCGGGUCGCCCACGACUCCAACUACGGAGCGGCAUCGCUCAACCUCACGAACAUCCAGGAGAGCGACCAGGGAUGGUACGAGUGCAAGGUGGUGUUCCUCAAUCGUUCACCGAACUCUCACAAGAACGGCACAUGGUUCCACCUCGACGUCCAUGCACCACCGAGGUUCAGUGUCACGCCCGAAGAGAUAAUCUACGUUAACAUCGGAGAUGCGAUCAUUCUCAACUGCCAAGCAGAGGGAACACCGUCCCCGGAGAUUCUGUGGUAUAAGGACGCCAAUCCGGUAGAACCGUCGGCAACUGUUGGAAUAUUUAACGAUGGAACCGAAUUGCGAAUCAGCAACAUUCGGUCCGAAGACAUUGGAGACUACACUUGUAUCGCCCGGAAUGGCGAAGGUCAAGUGUCGCAUACGGCGCGGGUCAUCAUAGCCGGUGGUGCUGUUAUAAUGGUACCGCCGACAAAUCAGACAAAGCUCGAAGGUGAGAAAGCUCAGUUCACAUGCGAAGCGAAAGCUCUUCCGGGAAACGUAACCGUGCGAUGGUUCCGCGAGGGAUCGCCCGUACGCGAGGUGGCGGCGCUCGAGACGAGAGUGUCGGUCAAACGGGAUGGGACGCUGAUCGUAAACCCGGUCAGCGCAGACGAUUCCGGCCAGUAUUUAUGUGAAGUAACAAAUGGCAUUGGAGAGCCACAAAGCGCAUCUGCUUACCUGAAUGUGGAAUAUCCAGCUAAGGUCACGUUCACCCCAACUGUGCAGUAUCUCCCGUUCCGUCUCGCGGGCGUAGUGCAGUGCUACAUAAAAGCGAAUCCUCCUCUACAGUACGUUACGUGGACAAAAGACAAACGUUUGCUGGAGCCUUACCAAACGAAAGAUAUUGUGAUAAUGAACAAUGGAUCGCUAUUAUUCACAAGAGUCAACCAGAACCAUCAAGGAAGGUACACUUGCACUCCGUACAAUGCUCAGGGCACGCAGGGGUCUUCUGGUCCUAUGGAAGUGUUAGUUCGUAAGCCUCCAGUAUUCACAUUAGAACCAGAACCCCUAUAUCAACGAAAAGUCGGGGAAUCGGUUGAAAUGCAUUGCGAUGCUUUAGAAUCUGAAGGCACUCAACGGCCUAAUAUUCAAUGGCAGAGGCGUGAUGGAGCACCUCUUCAGAGAGCACGUGUUAGAACUUCCGGAGGAAAUAUCACAAUCGAGGGUUUACGAAGAUCUGAUUUUGGAUUCUAUCAAUGUGUAGCUACUAACGAAGUAGCUACUAUAGUGACAGCAACCCAACUUGUGGUGGAAGGUACGCAGCCCCAUGCACCUUAUAAUGUCUCUGGGACGGCUACAGAAUUUUCGGUGACAUUGAGCUGGUUGCCAGGGUAUAGCGGUGGACCAGAUUAUAAGCAGGACUAUACAAUUUGGUAUCGCGAAGCCGGAAUAUCCGAUUGGACUACAAUGCCAGUGACGCCUUCAGGAAGCACAUCAGCAACUCUUAAUGGUUUAUCACCUUCAACAACUUAUGAAUUUCAAGUUAUGGGCAAAAAUGCUCUGGGAGAUGGCAUGUCUAGCAAAGUUAUGACCAUCCGCACACUCGACAUAGUUGAUUACAGAUUUGUUAUGUAUCCCACUGAAUCUACUGGCGCUACAAUAUUUCCACCUAUUUUUAGACCAACAGGUCCGAAACCUGGUCCUCCACGAAAUUUGACUGUAACCGAAAUUAGCAACGGAUUCCUGAUAACCUGGCAAGUGCCUCUGGAGAGAGCACAUCUCAUCCAGUUUUACACCAUCAAAUAUCGUACCGAUGCUCAGUGGAAAACUUUGAACAAAGGACAAAUUCGACCAGAAGAGACAUCGUAUUUGGUCAAGAACCUGGUCGGAGGUCGAACGUACUAUUUCCGGGUACUAGCAAAUUCUCCCAAAAGCUACGAGAGCAGCGACGAGGUCAAAUUCCCGGUUCCAGCUCGGGUGAAGCACAAGGCCAUCACCGCAGGUGUCGUGGGCGGAAUUCUAUUUUUCAUAGUGGCUAUCAUUCUGUCUGUAUGCGCUGUCAAAAUCUGCAACAAGCGCAAGAGGCGGAAGCAAGAAAAAGAAUUCCUUUCAGCGUACAACAUGGUAGCCUGCCGCAUAACGGACGCGCGCAACGGCGCGGGUCAAGGCGGCCAAGUGCCUUUGAAAAAAUAUAACAAAAGCAGAAUACCAGGUUUAAGUCUUUUGCGUUCCAUUAAGAAUUGGGUUUGGCCAUCUGACAGUGUACUUGGCUCAACAUCGAGGCUGUCACCCCGGGAUCUCAGCCGCAUCCAGCGCACUCCAGAUGGCAAAUUUGUUCUCAACGGUGAAUCCGAAAUGGAAGAAUGUGAAUUGGAUAUCAGCAGCAGCGACGAUGGCGGUUUUCUACCAAGGCAGAGAUCACCUUCAGUUCAUGUGAUGCAACCGCCAGCUUGGACAUCUCCUUGGUAUUUUAGCGAUAUCAGCUCUGUAAGACCGGAUGCAAGCGCGCAGUUAAGAACCGUGCAUGCGAGAUAUUCACAGGAAUUGCCUUCAUUAAGGGCAAUGCAUCAACAAGCAUUAUUACUCCGGCCUGGUUUUGUACCUGUUCAUCCCUUGGCUACUAGCUCCCCUCCGAGAGGCGUGACAAACAACACAAUGCCGAGGCCGAAAAGAUCAACUAUGCCUUUGCAUAUAGAUCCGGAUAGCAGAUCGAGUAGUAGCGGUUUUGGGAGCAAAAACACGUCGGGGACUUCGCACCAUUUACUGCAUCCGCUGCCACCGUACCGACCACCGCCUCCUGCACCGUUGCCACCUCCGCCGCCAAAUUUUAUUGCGCCGUGGCUCGAACUAGCGGCUUCGAGACUCGGCAUGGAUCACACGGGUGUGAAAGCUGAUAGUGUAGACGGUCAUUACGAAUUUGACCGGGCUACACCUGCUACAUCAACUCCUACUGGUGAGCCGAUACCCGCCAGAAAGCCGCGAUUGACAGUAUCAACGGCGUCAAUGAGAUGCGACGAGAUCGAGGCGCGCGUGCAAGCCAUGCUACAAGAGUUCCAGGCGUUUCGAAGGCGACAAGCGAUGCGCAGGGCCGCAGCCCUGGAGACCGUUUGCUGACACGAAACCAAAAUAAAAAGGCUCUCGUUAAAACUUUUGUGUAUAAAACUUUGAUACCAGUGCUCUAUGUGACAUUUUUACGGUGUUUGUAGAUUGUAUAGUUUAAUUAGUCUCGCUCGAGUUGUAAAAAUUAAUAUAUUAA